GCUUCAGGCCCCUGGUGUGAUUGGCCAGGUUGGGUCCUCCCUCUGCACUUUAAAAGCCUUCCUCACCUGGUUUACAAAAAAGCAGCAACUCUUGCCUCUACUGGCUGCUGCUCUGGAGUACCCCCUACUUACGGAGAAACCCAUAUAUGCCGGAAAAUUAUUACGUUGUUGAAUGAGCAUUUGCCGUAGAGUGUAAGAAAGAAAUUAAGUGCGCCAGCCUUAAGAAUUGCUGUGCCUGGGACCGUGACCGCUUCCCCUGCUUUGCACCACUACAGCUGUAACAAUGGACCGCAUGGAGCUGAAGAAAGUCUGCACAGAGCCAGACGAUGAUAGCAACGACAGUUUGGAUGAACGCUUCACAGAGCCGAUCGACUCGGAGAAGGCCAUCAUGAACAGUCAAUUCCUGGAAGAGGAUGGAGACGCCGAGAGCCAGAAGUUUCUCACCAAUGGGAUGAUGAAGAAGAAAUAUGAAGAGUACCAUGAAGAAUAUCACCCAGGACACACCUCCUUUGGAAUGUCGGUCUUCAACCUGAGUAAUGCCAUCAUGGGCAGUGGUAUCCUGGGCCUCUCUUUUGCCAUGGCCAACACCGGCAUUGUUCUUUUCAUGAUCCUUAUCUUGGGUGUGGCCAUCUUGUCUUUGUACUCUGUUCACUUGCUGCUGGUGACGGCAAAAGAAGGAGGGUCCCUUAUAUAUGAAAAGUUGGGAGAGCGAGCAUUUGGCUGGCCUGGGAAAAUGGCUGCAUUUGGAUCGAUAACCCUUCAAAAUAUCGGAGCCAUGUCCAGCUACCUCUUUAUUGUCAAGUAUGAGCUACCAGAGGUUAUCCGGGCCUUCAUGAGACUAGAGGAGAGCUCUGGUGAAUGGUACCUGAAUGGAAACUACCUGGUAGUGUUUGUAUCCAUCGCCAUCAUCCUGCCUCUCUGCCUACUUAAAAACCUGGGCUACCUUGGCUAUACCAGUGGCUUCUCCCUAAGCUGCAUGGUCUUUUUUUUGGGAGUGCUUAUCUACAAGAAGUACAACCUGCCCUGCCCGAUGCCCUUCAUGUACCAUCAUACUAACCAGAGUAUGAAUGGAACAGCCCUGGGCUCACACGUCCUGCACAACGGCUCCGCCCUCAUGGACUUCUCCAGAGCGGACAUGUCUCCCGCCCCUCCCCUGGAUGGCCACCACACCUCUGGGGUUCACUUCCAACCACAUCCAGAUGAUGUGGAGGAGAUGUGCACGCCCAAGUACUUUGUGUUCAACUCUCAGACCGCUUACACAGUUCCCAUCCUGGCCUUUGCUUUUGUGUGUCACCCAGAGGUUCUACCAAUCUACAGCGAACUUAAAGACCGCUCGCCGAGGAAGAUGCAGAACGUGUCCAACCUGUCUAUACUGGCCAUGCUAGUCAUGUACAUGCUGUCAGCACUUUUCGGCUACCUCACCUUCUAUGAGAACGUGGAGGCAGAAUUGCUCCACACCUUCAUUAAGGUUUAUAAGUUUGACACAAUGCUGUUGCUGGUUCGUCUGGCCGUCCUGACUGCAGUGACCCUGACUGUCCCCAUUGUCCUAUUCCCUAUUCGGUCCUCCAUCAACACCAUGCUGUUCAACCAGCGUGAGUUCAGCUGGGUGCGCCACAUGCUCAUCGCUACCUUCAUCCUCAUGUUCAACAACAUGCUGGUCAUCUUUGUUCCCACCAUUAGAGACAUUUUCGGCUUUAUCGGUUCUUCGGCAGCCACCAUGCUCAUCUUCAUCCUCCCUGCCGCCUUUUAUCUACGGCUGGUUAAGUCAGUGCCCAUGCGCUCCCCACAGAAGAUCUUUGCAGCUGUUUUCCUGGUGGUAGGCAUCAUCUUCAUGUUCAGCAGCCUGUCACUCAUCGUGAUGGACUGGAUCCACAACCCUCCCGGCUCCAAUGGCGGUCACUAAGCAACCGCCUCCCCAGCCCCACCAGGAGCAGACUCUCUGACAGGACCCCCUACCCCCCCGUCACUUCAUCUUUGACUUGGCCUUGGGGGUAGGGUCACAGUGCCCCAGGGGUUCCCCCACAUAUCACCCAAAGGACCUAUACACUGAGUACAUCAGCCUACUGUAAAGGGGCGGUUUGUUUUUCUCAACCCCCACCCCUUUCCACACAGUAUUACUGGAGAAGAUGGCAUUCUUCUAGUUUUUUUUUUAGUUUUCGUUGUUGUUGUUUUUGGUUUAGUUCUAAAGAAUCCGUCACAACAAGCAAUCAAGGAGGACGGUCAGAAACGGGGGGGGGGGGGGCGGAGGCUGUAGCUCAUAUUGCAUGGCCUAGAACAGAUGUCUAAAUAUCCCAUCAUGCCUGCUCUUUGAUAUUACCACCGCAAGGAAAACCUUUCAGCAGGUACCUCAACCGCUGAACUGUCAUAAGAACCCAAAGAGAAGGAGAUCUGAUCUGAGAGUUGACACUGUUGGAGCUGGCGGUGACUGCAGGCGUGGCCACAGCGCCCGGCAUGCUUGAAAAAAAGAACCGGGGUUAAAAAAAUAUAUAUAUGGACAAAGAGCACUUCUAGUGGAUGCUUCAAAUUUUAAUGUAUUUUUUUAACACAUGCAGACACACGUAAACACAACACACAAACACCACAGUAGUUAUACUAAGCAUUGCUCCUUUUCUUACUGUCAAAAAUAUUUUAUACACCAAGGUAGAGUAAGACAAUUUACAUAAUCAUACGUUAAAGAGCUGUAGUGUCCUUUUGGGAGCUAGAGACUUUUUAAAUAUUUGUGAACUAGGUUUGGUUAAGUAGGUCUAGGUGAAUAUCAUUCUCCAACAAUCAAUCCCAUUACCAAAGUGUAGACACACUUUCUCAGUGACUAGUGUGUUGACCUCAAUAUCCCUAGAGCAGUCAUGAGCUCUGACGUUCAUACACAAUUACAGACACACCCAGUCAAAAUGUUUUGCCAGGUCCAUUCUCUUAAUCUAGACAUAACUGGAUGAUCAACACUGAAAAAAAGAACCCAGGAAUACUUUUUAACAAGGGACUACAUUCAGUAUUAUUGUCACAGACAUUUGAAUGUACUGGUACUUGACCAAUGAUCUACUGAAUUCCAUGUAACAUGUUUCUCCCGUUGGAUUCUUGCCAAUUAUUGGUCAUAGGUCAUGUAGGUCAUGUGUCAAUGACAGCGAACAUCACAAGAUGAGCUCACAUUGUUGGUUUGAGACAUCUUCAACUCAUAACUUUAUCUUGUUCUAUAAUUAAUGUGAAUAAAAAAAACAGGACUUUGAAAUACAACACUGAGAAGUAAGAGGAACAAUAACAUACCUAUGAGAGUAACAGAGGUCUACCAGCAGUACACAUCAUUAGCUAUUUUACUUGGCACAGCGAUCAUAUAAUCCAUCACAACCCACUUUCUUCUAUCCUAGUGUGCGAAACUAUAUCUUGUUACACAAGAUAAGCAUUAGAUUCUCUGACUGUACUGUUUACAAGACACAAGAUACUUUGUUUUAUCAGUGUCUGCAGUUCAAACCUUAAGUUCCAUUUUGGACAUAACGUUAAAGGUGGACAACAUUCGAGACAGUAUCUAUCCACUGUAACUUUGAUGGUUUGGUUAUUUUGUUACAUCAAAUUGGUGCUAACAGUACAGUUAACAGUAUGUAAACCGUACAUGUUAAUUCCUUUUAUAAUGACUAUUGUUACUGUAAUCUAACAUCAUUGCAGUGGACCAACAUUUGUCGAAAUGCCAAAAUGACCAUCACCAUGGAUGAAUUUCUUUAUAUCUGUGAAAAUGGUGCCUUGUUUAAAAAUGUGUCCGUUUCUGUCUGUUCCAGUUGCCUUGCAUAGAAUAGAUGGCUACAAUAGGAGUUUGCAUGCAAGCUUAAAUUAACCAUUUCUAUGUUACGAAUGGAUCCAGACAAAAUGGACAACAUUUCCAGAUCCUUUGUGGAUCUACAUAUACAUUAAACUAAUUGAUAUUUCAAAUGAAAUGGUUUAUUAUGUGCAUGUUUUAGAUUACAAACAUGU